UUGGGCGAGGAGGUGGCCCAGUACGAUGGCGCGUACAAGAUCUCCAGGGGUCUCUGGAAGAAGUACGGGGACAAGAGGGUGAUCGACACCCCGAUAUCAGAGAUGGGCUUCACGGGAAUUGCUGUUGGGGCUGCAAUGGCAGGGUUGAGACCAGUGUGUGAAUUCAUGACAUUCAACUUCUCCAUGCAAGCGAUCGAUCAGGUUAUAAACUCGGCUGCCAAGACCUGUUACAUGUCUGCAGGAUCAAUUGCUGUUCCCAUUGUCUUCCGGGGCCCCAACGGGGCAUCAGCUGGAGUCGCUGCCCAGCACUCACAGUGCUUCGCGGCUUGGUACGGGCACUGCCCAGGGCUGAAAGUUGUUAGUCCUUGGAGCUCAGAAGAUGCCAAAGGUCUGCUGAAAGCAUCAAUCCGGGACGAUAAUCCAGUUGUGAUGCUGGAAAAUGAAUUACUGUAUGGUGUUCCCUUUGAAAUGUCAGAACAGGCACAGUCAAAAGAUUUUGUUGUUCCAAUUGGAAAAGCUAAAAUAGAAAGGCAAGGAACUCAUGUUACGUUAGUGUCACACUCAAGACCUGUUGGACACUGUUUGGAAGCAGCUGUUGUACUUGCCAAAGAAGGCGUGGAGUGUGAGGUUAUAAAUCUGCGUACCAUUCGACCAAUGGAUAUUGAAACAGUGGAAGCUAGCGUUGUGAAGACAAACCAUCUUGUAACUGUAGAAGGAGGUUGGCCACAAUUUGGAGUAGGAGCUGAAAUCUGUGCCAGGAUCAUGGAAGGAUCUGCCUUUAACUACUUGGAUGCUCCAGCUGUGCGUGUUACUGGUGCAGAUGUUCCUAUGCCUUAUGCAAAAAUUCUAGAAGAUAACUGCAUACCUCAAGUGAAGGAUAUAAUAUUUGCAGUGAAGAAAACUUUGAAUAUCUGAGUUGUAAAUACACGUUUUAAAGUCCUGCUUUAAAAAGUAUCAAUGGUGUAGGGCAAGUUGUAUGCAUAACUUUGUUGUAUAGCUUCAUGAACUUUUGUACAGUGGAGAAAGUAUCGCCACCUCCCAGAAUAUUUAUAUGGGGUUACCCUCUAAGCCACACUUCGUGUAAGCAACAUGUUAAUGUAUGUUUGUUCAGCAGUACAGGUGGGCAAGUGCUAUUGUAUGUGGAGAAAUCUGAUCCUAAAUUC